AUGAAUGUGAAUGUCCAUUCGGGAGCCAUGUCGCCUGUCUCCGUCGAUGGCAGCGACUGGUCCGGCAUCAAUCAAUACCAGAAGUCGGACCCGCCCUUUUCGCCGACCUUUUCUACUCGCGGUAAUCUAGCCACUCCUCCGACCUCCGGUAUUCCCAGUGCUCCCCUGAGCCCCGCCAGCAGCCUGCCAUUGCCAUUACCGGGUAGUCUGCCAGGCAGCGGAAACCCAUCUCCACCGAGUUCUGUCGGGGGUGCCAGAUCCAGUGUCGGGACACUGGGUGACGACCAGCGCGAUGGAGGCCGACGACGUCGACAGAUGGAGGAAAUAUUGCAUCAACAUUAUGUGACCCUGAAACGAUUCCUCAGUGCUACAUAUCGCGAGGACCGAAUAAACGGCCGAUCGGCUAAAGCCCGCGAUAAACUCCUACGACUCUCGCCUACUCAAUUUCACGAACUCAGUACCGAUGUAUACGAUGAGCUUAUUCGUCGUCAACAAGCGUCCUCGGCCCCUGGUCGCCCACCUCGCCCUGAUGCGCCACCUUUCCUGCCCCCUCGCGAUGAUUUCCACGAAAAGCGUAACUCUGCCCGUCAGAAGCUCGCUAGCCUCCAGCAUCAGCGCUUCCGGGACCUGGCGACCGAUGUCUUCUGUGAGCUGGAGCGCCGUUUCCCUCAGUUCACGGGCCGCGGUCGGCCUCCUCCGAAUAUGCCCCCCGGUGCUCGUCGCUCACGAUCUCGUGGACCCCCUGGUCGCGGCCCAGGUCGAGGUUAUCCCUCUGGUGGUCCGCCCAGUCCAUUCCCACCUCGGCAGGGCUCUCUUGGGGGCCCGCCCCCGGGAAUGAAUGGAGAUGGUCCUUUACCUCGGUCUUUCCAGAGUAAUACCAUGGUCCCAAACAAAAGCACGAUGGUGGAAGACAGUGAUGAUAUGGGUGGAGAUGAUGACGAGGAUGCCCGAAGUGAUGCUUUUGCGCUUGACGCGGUAUUGAGCAGACGAGGCACCACCAUGACGCUGAGUGAUGGAGAACGGAAAUUGUUGACGGAUAGUCAAGCGCAAGUGUCGGCUUUGCAAGAAAAGGUGGAAAAACUGGAAGAAAUGGUUCGCUCGAAAGAUGAGGAGCUGUCUCGGUCGCAGGACGAGGGCCAAUCCGCGGUCAGCCAAAAUGAACGUCAGGAGUGGGAUGAUCUUCGCCAGGAUCUCGAGAUCAAGGUGUCUCAGGCUGAGGAUCUUAAUAGUUCCCUUCAGCUUGAGCUGGAUCGAGUCCGGACAGAGCAGGAAAGCAUGGAGCGGGACCUUCGUUCUCAAAUUGAAGAAGCUUCCCAGAUUUCCGGCGAUGCAGAUUUGGCAGCGCGGUUCGCUGAUUUGGAGGUGAAGCACCAGAGCCUUCAAGGCGAGCUGCGACAGCAGCAGUCUGUCACUGCAGAGGUCCGGCGAGAGGCAUCUGAGUUCCUCUUGGAGAUGAAGACUUUGACUUCCGAGAGUCAUUCCAACUGGGAGCGUGAAGAACGGCUGUCGAGUGAUGUUCAGAAACUCGAGAGUGAAGUCGAUGAAUGGAAGAAUCGUUACGCGAAGGCAAAGGCACAGCUGCGCCAUCUCCGUACUUCUUCCGGCGGCUUCUCUGAUGUUCAUCCUGAUGCGAGCAUCAUUGCUAAGGAGCAUGAGCUUGUGCAGACAGACGGCGUGGUUAAGGAUAUCCAUGUCACCAAGUUCCAAAUGUCCAUUGAUGAGCUUCUCCGUGUCGCUCGGUUUGGCGAUGCACAGGAUGUGUCACAACACAUCAAGACUGUCAUUCUCGCCGUUCGCUGUAUGGUCAUCGAUGUGGAUCAGGCUCCUCCUCCGGUUGAUGGCACGGCUACUCUCCGCAUCAAGACCAAGACCAGAGUGUCUGCCACUGCCAAUAACAUGAUUACUGCAGCCCGCAACUUUGCCAAUUCCAGUGGCCUGUCCCCUGUUUCCUUGCUCGAUGCUGCCGCCUCUCAUCUGUGCACUGCUGUCGUCGAGCUGAUUCGCGUGGUCAAAAUCCAGGCCUCCCCAGCGGAUGAUCUGGACGACGACGUUGAAGAGGACAUGUCGCAGGAGAAGUUCCCUGACUAUCUCAGCGCGUCUGCCAGUCAAAGGCGGUACAGCAACCACUCCGAAUACAGCGAACUGAGCCCUCCGGACCAUGACCACCCUGCCAUGCAGAACGAUUACACCAAUGGCUAUGGCUAUGGGGCUCCCCAAGAGGAUCACGAGGUCCUCGAUCUUAAACUAUACGUUGAGGACCAAACUGAUGGCAUGGUCCAGUCCAUCCAGGCUCUGGUGGCCAGUAUCAGAGCUGAGCAGGAACUCAGCAGCGUCGAGACUCACGUCUCCGCAAUCGGAGACGUUGUUUCAAACGUGGUAUCCGCCACAGAGCAUCUGAUUCACGAGCGUAGCGGUGAUGCCUCUCUGCGCGAGCAGUCUGAGCCCGUUAUCCACUCUCUAGAUGAAUGUCGUGGCCGGCUCAUGAAUGCUGUUUCCGAAGGCCACCACGCUGAGGGUCCUGAGCAACUGCGUGAGGUGACCAACCAGUUGCCUCCACUUGCGUUUGAAAUUGCUCGUCAGACCAAGGAGCUAGUGCAGCGCCUGGAGUUGUUGACACAAGCAGAUGACGAUGAUUUCCGGUGA